AUGGAAGAUUUGAACUUGACAAUCCCUUUUCUGUCAGCAGAACUCACUACUGAAAUCCUCUCGAGGCUUCCGGUGAAAUCGCUAUUGAAAUUCAGGUCUGUUUCGAAAUCUGCAUUCGACUUGGAUUCUCCCAUUAAAGACGCCACUGAAAGUACCUAUAUUGUGGGUUCUUGCAAUGGAUUGAUUUUCCUUGUCUGCAGUUCAAAGUCUUCGAUUCUAUGGAAUCCAACAAUUAGAAAGUACAGCUAUUUGCCUGGUUUUAGACGUAGAUGGGAGAAAACUUAUGCCAGAUAUGGCUUUGGAUAUGAUGAGAUUCACGAUGAUUAUAAGGUAGUGGGUAUUUUUCAUGCUGGUAGUGAUAGUGGUGGCGAUUCAGAUGACGUUGAGGUCCAAAUAUAUAGUCUAAAAAGUGAUGUCUGGACUAAUGUUGAUGGCUCUUAUAGAAAAAAGAGAUUAAAUGGUUCAUGUUUGUUUGCGACUGGGAAGCUUCAUUGGAAUACUAAUACUACUACUAAUGAUUGGAUCAUCGUUUCUUUUGAUUUAGGUAAUGAGAAAUGGGAAAUGAUAGAGAAGCCCUCGUAUGGAGAAGGGGAGUGGGAUUCGUAA